CCGAAAUCAUUUGACAUUGGACAAAAAGUUUUGUACUAUGAUGCCGCCAAAAUGAAUCAAUUUUCAGGAAAAUUGAAACCAAAAUGGAAAGGACCGUAUAGGAUUCACGAAGUCUUAAUAAACGGAUCUUACAAAAUAAGGGAAAUAGAUAGAUGA